UAUAACAGUACCGGACGGAUAUCAAAUCCGACUCUAUUUUAUGCAUUUCGACAUCGAGCCGUCAUACUUAUGCGAGUACGACUACUUGAAGGUGCUCUUCAUUUCCGACUGUUAAAGAGCAGUUGGAUCCAUCUAAAUGGCACUCACAGGCUUUUAUAGCUUUGCUUACAAGCAUCUCAUUUCCAGUCUGGUGUUCUUAUUGUAUACAUUGGUAAGAGGGGUCUGUAAGAGCAUUUUGAUAGACAGGUCUGGCAGAUGCCCUGCGAAUGGAGUUAACAGCAUUUAUUUCCCAGGAGCCAAAGCGCUGCCCACUCCACAGGGGGGCAUAUUCAUAUUCAAAUACCCCCCGUGGGUGCCACAGCAACUAGUCAUGGUAACAAGUCAUGGUAAUGGGCCAAGAUAUGUUGCCAGACACAAAGGGCACAGAAAACACACACAAAAAUGGCUAAACACAUAUAAAAAUGGGUAGUUGAUGCAUAAUGUGUCUAUUGACUUUUUCAUCAACAUCAAGAUUUUAGGUUAUGAAUGUUUAUGAAAAAGUUUGUUAAAGUCUUUCAACAUUUUUAAUGUUUUUGCUUUCUAGUUCAUUUUAAAUGCUCCUGCGGAGGGAACAUAUUUAAAAAAAAUAAAAAAAGUACAUAUAUUCCACGUUGUCUCUCAAUUAAUACCUGGUCAUAAAAGCUGCUUGCAUAAUAAUUAUAAAAGAAAUGAUGAUUAAAAGGUUUUAGAUGAAGUACUACAGAAAGUCACACCACAGGACGUGCCAACUUUUCAAAUGCAAAUUGGAAGAUUUAAUGCAUAAGCUUUUCCCAUGUGUUUUCCAAGCAUAUACAUGUUGCAGUUUAAAAAUGAGCAUGUAAAAUGUAACAUGUUCUGCAUUUGAACCCAUUUUGUUUUUUACACACCUUAUCCUUUGCCUGUUUGUGUAAACUUUUUUUCUGGAGGUGUGUCUGGUGAAAUAGCUGUGCAAUUAGAAUUCUUGCAUUGGCAUAAACAUGCUUCAACACACAUUUUAUGUUAAUUGCUAAAUCUCUCAAAUUCUUUGUGUAUUUGUGUGCAUGUGGGUAUUAUUAUGCUUAAGAAUAAAUUGCCUAUGGCCGUCUCUUAAUGAGGGUUCUUUGGUAACCGUGGGUUACCCACCGUUCACUGACACGGGUAAAGUAAACACUCAAGCUGGGAGCCAGAUAAGAGACAUGUUUUAGGGCUGUGUGUGUGUGUGCGCGUGCAUUUGUGGAAACACAAUGAGGACUUUGCUGGGUUUGCAGUUUGAAAUGUUUGGAUGUAUGACUUUGCGUAUGAUUGACAGGUUGUAUGUGUACAGAAUCUUAUUAUGUUAAUAUGCGUGCCAGUUUUUGUGUUUGUACAGGUAUUUUCUUAAAUUUAUGGGUUGGCAGUGUUCUUUUAGUGUGAUUUGUGUGGGUACAUCCUGAGCUUGAGAAAGCGAGUGUUCUAAUGGUGUACUCAGACACUGAGGAGUUGGCUGUGUUUUGUGGAAGAGAGAAUACAGACACAGAGCAUGUCCCAGCUGAUGAUGUCAUCAUGUCCCCAGGGAGUGCGCUCAGUGUGGCAUUCCAUUCAGACUUCUCCAAUGAGGAACGCUACUUUGGCUUUGAGGCCCACUUUAGCGCAGUUGACGUAGAUGAAUGCAGGGACAGAAAUGAUGAAGAUCUUGUGUGUGAUCAUUUUUGUCAUAACUACAUUGGUGGCUUCUACUGUUCCUGUCGUUAUGGGUUCCUGCUUCAUUCUGACAACAGAACCUGCAAAGUGGAAUGUAAUGAAAGUGUGUAUUCAGAGCGGUCUGGAGAGUUCACCAGUGCAGAUUUCCCUAAACCUUACCCCAAAAGCUCGGACUGCAUGUACCGAAUUGAGCUUGAUGAGGGAUUUCAAGUCACUCUGGAGUUUGAUGACACCUUUGACAUCGAAGACCAUCCUGACGUUGCCUGCCCUUAUGACUUUGUUAAAAUUCUGGCCGGAGACAAAGAGUUUGGACCGUUUUGUGGCGAUCAGUCACCAGGGAAGAUUAAAACAGGAAGUAACAUGGUUAACAUCCUGUUUCACAGUGACAACUCUGGAGAGAAUCUAGGCUGGAAACUCACCUACACCUCCACAGGUACUGAAUGUUCUCCUCCGUCGGCACCCCUUAAUGGACAGUUAGAGCCUCUGCAAUCUAACUACAUCUUCAAAGAUCACAUAACGGUGACCUGUGACCCUGGAUAUUCAUUGAGAAAGGAUGAUAAAGAAUUUGAGCAUUAUCAGAUUGAGUGUCAGAACAACGGAAAAUGGAGCAGCCAUAUCCCACCAUGUAAAAUGGUAGACUGUGGUCCAGUGGAUUUGGUCCUGGGUGAGGUGGUUUUUGAGAAUUCUAGGAACAGUACAGUGUUUGGAUCCAGAAUGCAGUACAGCUGUAAAUACACUCCCAAAAUCAACAACACAUAUACCUGUCAUCAGAGUGGGCAAUGGGUAAGUGAGGACGGGACACCACUACCCACCUGUCUACCAGUAGGAGAUUAUGAAAGUAAUUUGAGAAAUCCUGACCCCCAGCUUCCGACUCCACUAACUAGCACUCCUCUUGCAUGUGGUGAACAGUCCCAGCUCUUCCCAGCUCAACAGAAGCGCAUCGUUGGCGGGAAGACAGCAUCUCCUGGUCUAUUCCCCUGGCAGGUUCUUCUCUCCGUAGAGGAUGCAUCUCGAGUACCUGAGGACCGCUGGUUUGGCAGUGGAGCUCUUCUCUCUCCAUCCUGGGUUCUCACAGCUGCUCAUGUGCUCCGCUCUCAUCGCCGAAAUCUUUCUGUUGUCCCUGUCGCUCCUGAACACAUCCGAGUCCACUUGGGCUUCACGGAUGUAAGGGAUAAGCACACAGCCACCAACCAUUCCGUAGAGAAAGUCAUCCUCCAUCCACAAUUUGACCCUCAAAACUAUAAUAACGACAUUGCACUGGUUAAACUCAGCCAGGCGGUGGUGCUCUCAGAGUUAGUGCGACCUGUCUGUCUACCAAGGCCUGGCAAAGAAGGUCAUGAGCUAAAGCCUAACACCCUGGGUGUGGUGGCAGGAUGGGGCAUCAACACAGCAAACACUUCUUCAUCCACAAGUGGUCUGACGUCAGAUUCUGGUGCUGUCUCCGAUCUCCUCCAGUAUGUUAAGUUGCCGGUUGUGCCACAAGAUGAAUGUAAAGCUAGCUAUGCUUCACGUUCCAUCAAUUACAAUAUCACCAGCAAUAUGUUCUGUGCUGGCUUUUACGAGGGCGGACGGGACACCUGUUUGGGCGACAGUGGGGGAGCCUUUGUCAUCCAGGAUGACCACAGUGGCAGAUGGGUAGCACAAGGAUUGGUGUCCUGGGGUGGGCCAGAGGAAUGUGGCAGUCAGAGAGUGUAUGGGGUGUACACCCGUGUGGCGAAUUAUGUGCGCUGGCUACACACACAUAUGGACAUAGACCGCUGGUGGUGAGGGAAAAUAGCAUCAAAGGAGCUGGAUUUUUUCUACCUUCUCUACCAUCUGCUCACUCUUUUUAAUGUCUCUUUUACAUUUCUUCCCACAAUGUAUUUUUAGUAUCGAUUCAGAAGCUUUUCUCUCCUCAACUAAAAGGGAUAGUUCACCCAAAAAGGAAAAUUCUCUCAUCAUUUACUCACCCCCAUGCCAUCCCAGAAUUGUAUAACUUUCUUUCUUCUG